AUGAAGUCUACUCUCCUAUACCUGCUGGCUCCUCUAGCGGCAUUGGCUGCUCCUACCGAGCUCGCCGAGCGACAGGCAGCAGAUAGCAUCGACGCGCUGAUCAAGGCAAAGGGAAAGCUAUACUACGGAAGCUGCGCCGAUCAGAACCGUCUGUCGACCGGCAAGUCCGCCGAUGUCAUCAAGGCAGACUUCGGCCAGGUGACUCCUGAGAACAGCAUGAAGUGGGAUGCUACCGAGUCCUCCGAGGGUCGAUUCAACUUUGCCGGAGCCGACUACCUCGUCGACUGGGCCACUACCAACAACAAGACCAUCCGCGGCCACACCCUCUGCUGGCACUCGCAACUGCCCGGCUGGGUCCAAAACAUCAGGGACAAGACGAAGCUCACUCAGGUCCUCGAGAACCACGUUACGACUCUGGUGACGCGGUAUAAGGGCAAGAUCUACGCCUGGGACGUCGUGAACGAAAUCUUCAACGAGGAUGGUUCCCUGCGCCAGUCGGUCUUCUCUAAUGUUCUAGGCGAGGACUUCGUUCGCAUUGCUUUCGAAGCUGCUCGCAAGGCUGACCCCGACGCGAAGUUGUACAUCAACGACUACAACCUUGAUCAACCGAACUAUGCCAAGCUCACCAAGGGUAUGGUCGACCACGUCAAGAAGUGGAUCGCUGCCGGUGUUCCCAUCGACGGUAUUGGAUCUCAAGCCCACUUGACUGCCGGUCUCGCCAGCCAAGCCGCCGCCUCCAUCAAGGCCCUCGCCGCCACCGGUGUCAAGGAGGUCGCAUUCACCGAAGUCGACAUCCAGACCGCUCCCGCCAACGACUACGCUGCCGUCACCAAAGCCUGCCUAGACGAGCCCAAGUGUGUCGGUAUCACCGUCUGGGGUGUCCGAGACUCGGACUCCUGGAGAGCCAGCACCAACCCCCUACUCUUCGACAGCAGCUUCAACCCCAAGCCCGCGUAUAACGCCGUCGUCACCGCCCUAAAAUAA